AUGCAAGGCACCAACGGUGGCAAUACUGGAAAUGGCCAAAAUGGCGGCAAUAAUGGAAAUGGCCAAAAUGGCGGCAAUAAUGGAAAUGGCCAAAAUGGCGGCAAUAAUGGACAAGGCUCCAAUGGUGGCGACAACGGAAAUGGCCAAAAUGGCGGCAAUAAUGGACAAGGCUCCAAUGGUGGCGACAACGGAAAUGGCCAAAAUGGCGGCAAUAAUGGACAAGGCUCCAAUGGUGGCGACAGCGGUAAUGGCGCUGAUGGUGCUAACAACGGCAAUGGCACUAGUGGUGGAGACAACGGGAAUGGCGCCAACGGUCCUAACAACGGCAACGGCACCAGUGGUGCAGACGACGGGAAUGGCCUCAAUGGUAACAACAAUGGAAACGGCGCCAAUGGUCCUGAAAACGGCAACGGCACCAGUAGUGGGGACAACGAGGGUAGCGGUGACGGUGGCAACACCGGCGAACCGGAUACUGCUUCAAAUGAUAACAAUCAGAUUCACGGCUCUGGUAAAACGAGCAGCGGUGAUGGAAGUUCAGAUGGUGAAUCAAGUAUGAAGUUAGUGAUCCUUUAUACCACCUUCACUCUCCAUGCUUUUAUUAACUAUCUGUGCCCUCAAAAAUGCGCCAUUACUAGAAGAAAUACAGAGGAGUGUGUCACUGAAUAA